UUCCACUAAAUCAUUAAAGGGACUGUCUCCGGCCUUGUGAUUAUAUAUUCAUCCCAUUUCCAUUGCCUCAUAUCCAGCACAACAACUGCAUUCAGAAAUCAAAUUCUAAGACCUAAAACUUCCCUCUUUUUUCUUUCAUCUCGGAGUCUUUCCUACUAAACUUGGAGUAAAGCAAGAUGAUCAGUGCUAAGAAGCUUAUCAAGGUAGCAAGGAAAUGGCAAAAGAUGGCUGCAAUCAGGCGAAAAAGAAUCACAUUAACAAGAACCACAGAGGAUGCUGACACAAACAGAUGCAGUACAUCAUCAGUGGUCGAGAAGGGUCACUUUGUUGUUUACAGUGUGGAUCAGAAGCGCUUUGUGCUUCCUUUGGAAUAUCUCAAGAACAAAAUUGUCAUGGAGCUAUUCAAUUUGGCAGAAGAAGAGUUUGGACUACCAGGCAAUGGACUUCUCAUCUUGCCUUGUGAUGCAACGUUUAUGGAAUAUGUAAUUGCUUUGAUCAAAAGGAAACCAAGUAAAGACAUGGAGAAAGCAUUGAUCCUUUCUUUAGCGAGUGGUCGUUGCUCAUCAUCAUGUCUUUAUCAGCAAGAAACAAGCCAACAGUGGCCAAUAUGGAGCUUCUGAAGCAAAAUUUUUUUCUUUUCUCAUCUUG